GAUCGUAAUAUCAGCUUGCACUACGAACGGCCUUGUGAAACAAACCCCAUCCCCAUGCCUUUUGCCAGCUAGCUGCAGCGAGCUAGCUCUGCUCUGCGGCGCGCCAGCUGCGCUGCGCUGCCUGCCUCCUCGAUCGAACCGGCCAGGCGCGGGAUGCCUAUCAGAUAGCGUUGCUGUACACCGGUGAGACGGUACGGUUGCGUCAUCGAGCACGUCGACCCAUCCGCUGAUCUUUUAUGUAACGUCGUAUUAAGCGCAAGAUCUUCUCUAAAAUGCCUGACAAGUUAGUUUUCUUCUGCAAUGGUAGAAAGAUCAUUGAAAAAGAUGCAGAUCCUGAUACUACUCUUGAUGUUUAUCUUCGGACAAAGCUGAAGCUCCAGGGAACCAAACAAGGAUGUGGUGUAGGGGCAUGUGGGUCAUGUACUGUGAUGCUUUCAUAUGUACAUCCACAAACAAAAUCUAUACGCAAUGAAUCCAUUGUUUCUUGCCUGACACCAAUUUGUGUUCUUCAUGGCAAAGCAAUCACUACAGUAGAAGGUAUUGGAAGCUGCAGAGAUAGGCUCCAUGUUGUUCAGGAGCGUCUUGCCAAGAGCCAUGGUUCUCAAUGUGGUUUCUGCAGUCCAGGAAUGGUCAUGUCCAUGUACACUCUACUACGGAACAAUCCAAAGCCACAAGUCAAGGAUAUCCUCAGGUACCUUGAAGGCAACCUAUGUCGUUGUACUGGAUAUAGACCAAUCCUUGAUGGAUUUAAAUCAUUCUGUGGGAAGGAGAACUGUUGUCAGGGUACAGGAGGUUCUUCUCAGUCACAAAAUGAGGACCAGCCCGUUAGUGUGGUGAUGGAUGAUGGUGAUUGGAAACCAUACGAUCCUUCUCAAGAACCAAUAUUUCCUCCUGAACUUCAAACCGAUGCAGAAGAAUACAAUAAGACUGUGACCUUUCAGAGGGGUCAAUCCAAGUGGAUUGUGGCGUCAACUUUAGAAGAACUUCUUCAACUCCUUGCUGCCAACUCACAGGCUCAGCUUGCCAUGGGAAACACUGUAAUGAGUGUUCGCAAGUAUGAAGGUGAACGUUUUCCUCUUCUUGUCUCACCGAGCAGUGGAGUCCUAGAGCUGAUGGAGGUUGUGACCUCUGAUAGAGGGGUUACCAUUGGGUCAGGGGUCAGUGUGGCACAGUUUGAAGAGCAUCUAAGGGAGCUAGUAGAACGGCUUCCAGAACACCAGACCAGGUUUGCAAGGGCUAUACUUGACAUGCUUGGUCAAUGGGCAGGACAACAGAUUCGCAACAUGGCAAGCAUUGGUGGAAGUAUAGCGGGUGCAAGUGGAAUGCUGGAUCUUUGUAUCAUCCUUAUGGCAACCAACACAACAGUUACUCUUGUGAAAGCUGGAGGAAUCAGACGCACUGUCGCUUUGGACAAGGAUUUUUACCCAGAAUCCAAUAAAUCAGUUUUAAAGAGAGAUGAGAUCAUUGAAUCAUUGCAUAUACCUUUCUCAGGGAAGAAUGAGUACUUCUUCUCUCAUAAAGUUGCUGAGCGUCGCCAUAACUCUCGUUCUUCAAUCAGCUGUGGAUUCAGGGUGACCUUUGAGACUGAAGGUCAAAAGGUCAAUGAUCUAUGUCUAGUGUUUGGUGCUGUUGAUGAUAAUCCAUUCAUUGCUCAGAAAACAUGCAAUGCACUUAUUGGACAAGCUUGGAACCAAAGUUUUUUACAAGAUGCAAUCCAGUCUGUCAACCAGGAGAUUAGACCAACCCCUCAUCCCUAUGAUGCUUCAUCAGAGUAUAGGAAGAGCGGUAUGGUGACAUGUCUUCUAAGGUUCUAUGUUCAAGUGUCACAACUCAUCGACAACAACCAGGCAUUGACUGGUCCAUUCUCUCAAGGUCAGCUGUCAGAUCCCAGCAUUCCUGCAUCCUACAACGAUGAAGGUCCAGUCAGUACACAGAUCUAUCAGCCUCCACCUAAAGACCAACCUGAUGCGAAUCCUCUUGGUCGACCUAUCAUUCAUAAAGGAGCUCUUCAGCAAUGCUCUGGGGAGGCCAUCUUCAGUGAUGAUAUACCAGUCCAUGAAGGAGAACUGUAUUUGGCUUUGGUCCUAAGUACGAGAGCUCAUGCAAAGAUAAUCUGUGUUGAUGCAAGCAAGGCCUUGGCUCUAGAAGGAGUACAAGCAUAUAUAUGUCACAAGGAUAUACCUGGUGAUAAGUAUAUCCGUGAUGGUUUUGAGCUGUUUGCAGCAGAGGAGGUUCACUGUGUUGGGCAGGUCAUUGGUGCUAUUGUUGCUACCUCAAAUCGUCUUGCCAACAAUGCAGCCAAACUGGUUGAAAUCCAGUAUGAAGACCUCCAUCCACGCAUUUUGACCAUCCAGGAUGCAAUCAAAGAGGAUUCUUUCUUCAAGGGUCCUGAUAUAGACUCUGAGUUCAACUAUGGUGACCUGGAGGAGAGUUUCAAACAAUCUGAUAGGAUCCUUGAAGGAACCUUUGAUGUUGGUGGACAGGAACACUUCUACAUGGAAACUCAGACAUGUGUAGUUCGACCUGGAGAAGAUGAUGAAAUGACUAUCCAUGCCUCCUCCCAGGCUCUUACAAAUGUACAGGUUGGGGUAGCCAGAGUUCUUGGUGUUCCUCGUAACCGAAUUGCAGUUCAGAGCAAGAGGAUUGGGGGAUCAUUUGGAGGAAAAGAGGAAAUCCUCUCACACUUUGCAGCAUGUGCUGUAGCUGCCAAAAUGUUGGGUCGGUCUACACGUAUCCGUUUAGAUCGUACAACAGAUAUGCUGAUGUCUGGUGGAAGGCAUCCAUUACAUGCAAAGUACCGUGUUGGUUUCCGUAAUGAUGGGCGUAUCCUUGCUGUCGAUGCUGAUCUGUACUUUGAUGGAGGCUUCCUUAAUGAUGCCACUGCGUGGGUAAUGCGGCAAGCAACGCUUGUGUUUGAGAGUUUUUACAGCUUUACUGGUUUCCGUGUGAAAGGUCACUGCUGUCGUACAAACCUGCCUUCUAACACUGCUAUGAGAGGAUUUGGUUGCCCUCAGUCCUUAGCUGUCACUGAACACAUCUUGUCUGAAGUAGCCAUAGCCACAGGUGUCUCACCAAGAAUGGUACAUGAACUGAACUUCAAACCUGAUGGAGCAUCAGUGAUAGAGGGUGCUAACCCAAUGGAAAUGGAUAUCUUCAGAGAAUGUUGGGAUACCUGUCUCCGACUGAGUGACUAUGAUACAAGGAUGAAUGCUGUGGAGCAAUUCAACAGGAUGAAUACCUGGAAGAAACGAGGUCUGUCUAUCAUCCCAACCAAACAUGGCAUCGGAAUAUUUGGUAUGCCUGCCCUCAAUCAGGGAGGAGCUCUGGUUCACAUUUAUACUGAUGGUUCUGUGUUGAUCAACCAUGGUGGUAUUGAGAUGGGACAGGGACUCUAUACUAAAAUUGUUCAGGUUGCAAGUACAACCUUGGACAUCCCUGUAAGUAAGAUUCAUACUAGUGAUACUGCUUUAGACAAGGUUCCAAAUACAACAACCACAGGUGGAAGCAUUGGUACUGAUUUACAAGGUAGUGCUGUAAAGGCAGCCUGUGAUGUGUUGAAGGAGCGCUUAGAGCCAUACCGAACAGCAAAUCCCAAGGGAACUUGGGAAAACUGGGUCCAAGCAGCCUAUCUUGACAGAGUAAGCCUUUCAACUGCAGGCUUUUACAAGAGGCCUGGUCCAACAUUUGACUGGGUUACAAAAACCGGUAAUCCUUAUUACUAUUUCACCAUGGGAGUAGGUGUAUCUGAGGUUGAGAUAGAUUGUCUUACUGGAGAGCAUCAGUUAUUACGCACUGAUAUCAUCAUGGAUGUUGGCAAGAGUAUCAACCCUGCAUUAGAUAUAGGACAGAUUGAGGGAGGUUUCCUCCAAGGUUAUGGUUACUUUACCAUGGAAGAGAAAAGAUUCAACCAAGAGGGUGCCCUGACUACUAACGGACCCGACUCGUACAAGAUACCAUCAGUGAAAGACAUCCCUAAAGAAUUCAAUGUGACUCUCCUGAGAAACAUGCGUACCCCUGAAGAUAAUCUCUACUCCUCAAAGGGCAUUGGAGAACCACCAUUCUUUAUUGGGGCAUCUGUAUUUUUUGCCAUCAAGCAUGCCCUCUGUUGUUCUCGCUCUGAUAAUGGACUGACGGGUGUCUUUGAUCUCAAUGCUCCAGCCACAGUUGAGAGAGUACGCUUGACGUGUGGGGAUCUUAAGACGAAUGACUAAGUUCAUUGUAAUGGAAUAUUUCUCUUCUGGGCCAAGUUUUCAUGAAAGGUGUUAUCACUGGAAAUUCUUUAAUAUUUUAGUUCAGUCAUUGGUUUUCAUUUGCUGAGAAGCAUCAAUCUCUGAUUGUUACCAUAUAAACUGUCAGGGAAAGACUUAUUAAUGCCAAAACUACUAAAACAAUGCUUAGAAUUGCCUUCUAAUUUGCUUAGCUUGUAACUAUAUGCAAUUUAUCAUAAUCUUAAAAUAGUUGUCUAAAUCCUAUUAUGAAGAAAUGGUAAUUGUUAAGGUGAUUCAUUAUUUUUGUUUGCAUUACAAUUUUUUUUUUAAUAUAGUCAUUGGGAUAUACAAUCAAGUCUCAAACAAGGAGAAUAAAAUUUUGACCUCUCUUAAUCAAUGGUGCUUGAUAUCAAGAAUGAAUGGGUAAACUACCACGGGCAUGAUAUUGCCAGUAUUCUAUCAAUUUGAUUGAAAUCUUGAAAUAAGAAACAAAAUCAAUCUUAAAUCAGUACUAUUACAUUUUAAUUGUGAAAUAUAUAGCAGAAGAAUAUCAUGUGAAAAUAAACAUCAUCUUUGAGAGAAGAACAACACAGUAUUACUGUAAUUGAUACAAAAUAUUUUUUACAAUGUACAGGCAUAACAAUCUACUAUUUAAGAGAUGAAUGAAUCUAUUUUUUAUUUUUUGCUUUUUUUCAAGAAGUAGAGUCUGAGCCAGAUCACAAUUUGUAAUUUUGCACGAUUACACAGAACACUGAGAAAUAGAUUUUGUGAUAAAAUGUUUGUACACUGUACUUUCUAAAAAGUCUUUGUACAAAGUGCUAGCCAUCUCCAACUUUUUGUAAGUGUUUGGACUUGGUACAUUUGGAGAAUAUGGUUAAAUGAUUGUGAUGGAUUGAUAGUGAUUGAUUGCUUUAUUGAUGUUUAACUAUUUCAUUUCAUUUUGUUUAUUUCCAUUUUCAACAAUUACAGUUUGUUUUGUAAAUUUUGACAUACAAAUAACAAACAUAUUUCAGGUAUCCCUUACAAAAAUUGUGUUCAAGGUUAUUACAUAUCAGGUUGACAUAAUGACUAUUAUGUAAUUUUGCAUGAUUUCAGUCAAAAUUGAAGUGAACGAAGUGCAUAGAUUUGCUAUUUAGAAUAUGCAGCUUACUAAGUGUGUGUGUGUGUUCAGAGUGAUGAUUUUAAAUUUUUGAUGUGGUGUUUCCAGAACGGAAAAUUCAAUAAAACAUGUAUGUCCAACAGCCUGUAUACGGGACAAUACUGAAAUAGGUUGUCUCUGCUUUGCAUUUCAUAUGGAAAGGUGUAAUUCUCAUCAAUUAUCUUGGCUUCAGCAGCAGUUCAUGAAGUAGGAUUUGAGGAAUGGGGUUGGAUGUACAAAAGGCGGGUUUUUUAUUUUCAUUCAAGUAAUGAAAUAUGUUGUUCCGUUCUGUAUAUUAAUGCCAUCCUGCCUGAUGUCCCGCAUGCCCCCAUUCCCCUACAAUCUCAGAACACACUACGGCAAACACUGCCUGUAAACCAUUUUACUCAUUUGAAUUUCAAAUCAAACCAUUGCAAACUAUACCUACAAAUUAACUGGAAAACACUGCCUGUGAAUCAUUUUGCUCAUUUGAAUUUCAAAUCACACCAUUGCAAACUAUACCUACAAAUUAAGUGGAAAACACUGCCUGUGAACCAUUUUACUCAUUUGAAUUUCAAAUCACACCAUUGCAAACUAUACCUACAAAUUAAGUGGAAAACACUGCCUGUGAACCAUUUUACUCAUUUGAAUUUCAAAUCACACCGUUGCAAACUAUACGUGCAAAUUAAGUGGAAAAACUGCCUGUAAAACAUUCUGCCGUACUUUUGGCAAAAGGAAGCAAGUUACAAAAGUAUCAUUUGUUGUAGAUGAGCAAUGUGUGUUCGUCAUUUACAUAGGCAUCACUGCAAUUUAACAGCAUAUUUUCUUCAAUAUCUUUCCAUAGAACGAUAAUUUCUUCCCCAAAUUUUGCCUGAACGUGCAACAUACAAAGGGUGUUUCAGAAACAACAGUAACUCAAAUUUGACUGAUGUGUCACUUGCUUCCUUUUGCCAAAGUUGGGCAGCAUUGUACAAACACAAACUACUUUUACUACCUGGAAAUAAUGUAUCUUUGAUUUUAUAAAUGCCUAGGACAGUAUUAUUCACAGACAUUUUGAAUUUUGAGGAAUAUUAAUGCCAUAUAUUAUCAUACCAAAGAGUUAAAUUUUGAUUUUCUGUAGAAAUCACUGAGGUCAGUCAUGAAGAUUUUACUUCUGUUUAUUCAUUUUUUAUAAUAAUUUUGAGGAAUAUCAUUAAUGCCAUAUAUUAUCAUACCAAAGAGUUAAAUUUUGAUUUUCUGUAGAAAUCACUGAGGUCAGUCAUGAAGAUUUUACUUCUGUUUAUUCAUUUUUUAUAAUAAUUUUGAGGAAUAUCAUUAAUGCCAUAUAUUAUCAUACCAAAGAGUUAAAUUUUGAUUUUCUGUAGAAAUCACUGAGGUCAGUCAUGAAGAUUUUACUUCUGUUUAUUCAUUUUUUAUAAUAAUUUUGAGGAAUAUCAUUAAUGCCAUAUAUUAUCAUACCAAAGAGUUAAAUAUUUGAUUUUCUAUGAAAAUCUCUGAGGUCAGUCAUGAAGAUUUUACUUCUGUUUAUUCAUUUUUUUAUACGCCCGUCUAUAUAGACGGGACGUAUUAUGGUAUCACGCUCGUUGUCCGCCUGUCUGUCCGUUAACUUUUUCUUGUAAACGCGAUAACUUCUGUUUAACUUAACCUAGGCUCAUAUAAUUUGGUGUGUAGAUCCCAAGAAGCCUAUUGAUUUUGAGGGUAAAAGGUCAAGGUCACAGUGACAUGUUUUCAUCUUACCCUGCUGAAGUCCUUGUUAACGCGAUAACUUUAGUUUAACUUAACCUACAGUGUGAGUCAGAAAAAAUGCUACACUUUUUAAAUUAAGUAUUUUCAAAGAAAAUGUGGGAUUCAGAGGGAAUUCUAGCAUGUAUGGAUAGAGUAAAUAUUCCUUUGUCACUUGUUAAAAUUGUUUCAUUGUCGUUGUUAUGGUUGAGUGCACAACAGCCAUUGUUUGAAAAAAUGUCAAAACCCAUUUGCGCCAAGUCAGGUGAUUACCUGCUGAAACAGAGACAAAAGCAUUCACACAAACAAUGAGCGUAAAGUUUAUGCGUAUGUUUAUUAAUCAAGAAAAAUAAACACGAGAACCAGUAAAUCAAUAAAUUAUCUUCACUGAAAAAAUCCUUUUCAUUGUCAUUUUGGCCAUAACUUGGACAAAGCUUCCCGCCUUCAAUCUUCCAUAUAUUUACUCUAUCUAUACAUGCUAGAAAUUCUCUCUGAAUCCCACAUUUUCUUUAAAAUAUACUUAAUUUACAAAGUGUAACAUUUUUUCUGACUCGCACUGUAUAGGCUCAUAUAAUUUGGUGUGUAUGAUACUAGCAUAUAUCCCAGGAAGCCUAUUGAUUUUGAGGUCAGACAGUCAAAGGUGAAGUCGCCACCUUCGACUUUUCUUGCUUGAUGAAUAACUCCAUUUUCCACGUUACAGGCGGGCGUAUUAUAUGCUCGCCUUAGCGACACUCUUGUUUUCUUUAUUUAGCAUUCUAAUGCAUUGUCACACUUGAGAAACCCACUCCAUUCAGAUUGAUGGUAUGUAUAGUAAAUUUUGUCAAUCUGGAGUCAUGUUCUUGGUGGUUUGAUUGUAGCAUUGAUUGAACUGUAGAAUUCAUGGACAUUGAACCUGUUAACAAUAAAAGUGUUCAACUUGCUCAACUCUAAAGCUGCAAAGUGCACUUUUCUGGAGCACCAAGUGUAUUGCUCAGUAUCUUGAUAUAUCAUAAACUUGCCUUCAGUAAAUGUCUAGUAAUGUAAUUCAUUAUUUGAAUGAAUGUUAUUCCUUCCUUGCAUCUGUGCUUGUGAAAGUCUUUCUCUUAUCAUAGAAUAAUAUUUAUGGAGAGUAAAAAUCACAUAUUAAUAUCUUCUGUAUUAAAUAAAAUUUCUUUUGAGAUCUUUUGAUUAGUUUGCUGAUUGUAAUGCAUUGUAUCAUGAUAGUAAAAUACUUUAAAUCUGAUUUUGAAUAAAAAUUGAUUAUUAAUAAGUGUACAAAAAAUUGCUUCUGAUACUUUUACCUGUGUAAUUUUUCCACAAGUGUGUUACAUUGAACUAUACAUGUAUGGAUUUUACUCAAUUUAUAUCACUAUUGUUACUUUAAAUAUUUGCCAAUAUAAAUCUUUCAUGAAUACUAUAAAAAUAUGUAUUUUUAGAUUGUUUAGUGAUUAUUAUUGAAAUAAGGCACUGCAGCUGUUUGAUUAAGUGAUGAAAUCGUCUUGGUCAAUGACUUGAUAAAUUUCAUGUUAGAAAUUGUUUUCUAAAGACCAUGUGUGAUUUUUUUUCGGUAUUACGACAUUUGCUCUUAUGACAAUUACUCCUCUGUUGAUUUCUAGAGUAGAGAUAAGGUUUUUAGUUCAUAGUCAUGUGAAGAUUAGGAUUAAGGUGAAAGAAAGGUUUGAAGCUUUGUUUUAUGUUUGGCUUCAUGUGUGUUUAUCCAAUCGGAGCAAUUGCAAGAGCAAAUGUCAGGAAUCUGAUUUUCUCUGUGUUUUGUUGUGUAAGAUCAUCUAAUGAUUUACUACUUAAAGUUAACAAAGUAUAUUGAUAAAUAUAGCAUAUAUUAAGUAUCCUAUUCACAUAAAAGAUGUGUAUUUUAGUGUGUGUGUGUGUGUGUGUAGUAAUAACAUUUAAUUUCACAUUCAUUUAUUAUCUUCUCUUUUGUGUUAGAUCAUGUAAUGAUCAAUGACCUAUCUAACAUCAAUAAAGCAUACUGAUAAACAUUGCAAAUCA